AUGCCUCGCAAGAAGAACACGGCCCGAUCCAAGUCGCCAUCCAAGGGGCAGUCUGUCAAGUCGUUUAGCAACCCUCAGCUAGCUUCGCAGUCAGUCGAAUCGGGGAACGCCAAGAUUAACAUUGUCGCAGAAGCUCCAGAGCUUGGACCAACCCAGACCUCGACCAACGACAUCCAGCGGCCUGCUACCGAGAGGCAGGAAUCUAGCCAUGAAUACAGUGCCACUGGCCCAGACGACACCUCGAAAACUCCGACUCGGGGUCAUCGACAAUCACCUUCCGCUGUGAUGAGAAAUGACAGCAAAGUGGAUGACGAAAGCAAUGGACAUGCUGCGGAUCCCGAGAAAAGCUAUGGAAGUGAGGGAACUGCCGACGAGACUCUUGUCGAUGGUUUCGAAGUCGACAGGUCUGAUUCGACAAGCGUGAAGGCGAUGAGCGACGACAGCUAUCCGCGUAUCGCCUCAGGAGCCCAAGGUCGCAGGUACAGCAUGCACGGGCAAAAGGCGGGCGGCAUCCGCUUCGCUCCCCUCCAAGUACCCUUCCAACGCCGCUUGCAGACGGCAGCUGUCUUGUUCCACGGUUUAUCGAUUCUCACAUUCGUAUCGAUCUUCUUCUUCCUCGCAGCGCUUCCCUUUGCUUGGCCCCUACUGGUUCCGUACCUCAUCCACCUCUCGCUGUCCGGCGUGGCCUCCAAUGGCAACCUCACAUACCGCUCAGAGUGGUUACGCUCGCUUCCCAUGUGGAGGUUCUUCGCGGACUACUACCCGGCUGCGCUUCACAAGACACAUGACCUGCCACCAACCCGGAAGUAUAUUUUCGGCUAUCAUCCUCACGGGAUCAUCUCCCACGGUGCCUUUGCUGCGUUUGCGACGAACGCUCUUGGAUUUGCAGAGAAGUUUCCUGGCAUCACCAAUUCCCUGUUGACCCUUGACAGCAAUUUUCGAAUCCCAUUCUACCGCGACUAUAUCCUGUUCAUGGGCGUUCGAUCUGUGUCUAAGGAGUCGAUAUGGAACACAUUAAGCAAGGGUGGCAUCAACGGAGAGGGAAUGGGUCGGGCAGUGACCAUCGUUGUCGGCGGUGCUAGAGAGUCCCUGGAAGCUCAACCAGGCACCCUCAGGUUGAUUCUCAAGGGCCGCAAAGGCUUCAUCAAGAUGGCACUGCGAACUGGGGCUGACCUUGUGCCUGUUUUGGGCUUCGGCGAGAAUGACCUCUACGACCAGCUUAGCCCGAAGUACCACCCCUGGGUACACAACUUUCAGAUGUUUGUGCUCCGCGUCUUCAAGUUCACACUCCCGGCGCUUCACGGACGGGGUAUCCUCAACUACGAUGUGGGCAUGAUGCCUUACCGCAGGCCUUUGAACGUUGUUGUGGGCAAGCCUAUCAAGGUCACGACGUCCCCUACAGCUCAACCGUCGCAGGAAGAAAUCGAUCGGUUGCACGGCCUGUACGUAGCCGAGUUGCAGACGAUUUGGGACUCCUACAAAGACCAGUUUGCGCCCGACCGUAAGGCCGAGAUCCAGUUCAUUGCUUAG